UCUUUUCAACAAGAUAUUUAUUAAUUUACAUUCAAAAACAUUUGAGAAAAUCAAACAAACACAGAGAUUAAAGAAAAUAAUUAUACCUUCACAUUCAACCCAACAAAGAUGGUUCAAUUUCUAGGCUCAAUUCGUGUAUCUCCUUCUUCUAUCGCCAGUUUUGCAUCUCACAGACGCCAAUUCUCUUCAUUUUCCCUUACAAGAAAUGGGUUCGCUCCAUUUUCACUUUGCAAAUAUGGGUCCGCUCCAUUUUCACUUUGCAAAAAUGGGUCCUCCCCAAUUAGGAGUAUAAUUCGAGCUUGCUCUGUAUCAAAUGCAAGUGAAAAUGCGGAUACCAAGCUGUCCAUAGACCAAUCUGAAAUCAUUUUCAUGGGAACUGGUACGAGUGAAGGGAUUCCGCGACUCAGCUGCCUUACUAAUCCACUAAAGAAAUGUCAGGUGUGCUUAAAAGCUGCGGAGCCUGGUAAUAAGAAUAGAAGACUCAACACGGGUCUUUUGAUUCGAUAUGCUGGGCCUACUGGUAGGCAUAACAUUCUAAUAGAUGCCGGCAAGUUUUUCUACCAUAGUGUACUUCAGUGGUUUCCAGCAUAUGGGCUAAGAACAAUUGAUGCAGUUAUUAUCACUCAUUCUCAUGCUGAUGCAAUUGGAGGUCUGGAUGAUCUUCGGGACUGGACAAACAAUGUCCAACCUUACAUUCCAAUCUAUGUCGCAGAGCGCGAUUUUGAGGUGAUGAAGAAAACUCAUUAUUAUUUGGUGGAUACAAGCGUGAUAACACCUGGUGCUGCCGUUUCAUCGAUACAAUUUAACAUCAUGCAUGAGGAGCCGUUUGUUGUAUGUGAUUUGAAGUUUACCCCCUUACCUGUGUGGCAUGGUCCCGGAUAUCGGUCUCUUGGUUUUCGCUUUGGUAACAUAUGUUAUAUCAGUGAUGUUAGUGACAUACUUGAAGAAACAUAUCCAUUACUCAGGGACUGUGACAUUCUGAUAGUGGAUGCUCUGAGGCCCGAUCGCUCAUCAGCUACACAUUUUGGACUUCCAAGGGCCUUAGAGGAAGUGCGGAAGAUUCGACCAAAGAGAACACUUUUCACUGGCAUGAUGCACUUGAUGGAUCACGACAAGGUAAACGAAGAGCUUUUGAAGUUGAUGGAGACAGAAGGGCUUGAUGUACAACUAAGCUAUGAUGGGUUGCGUAUACCAGUAACACUCUAACUUCUGUCUUAUCUUCUGUUUCUUAAUCUCAUUCUUUCUCUCAACAAAUACACAUAGAAUAUAUUUUUGCGCUAAGUGUCAAUUGCUCUACCCUGAGUUUAUAUGCAAUGUCAAUCAUGAGCGCAUGCAUUGUAAUCCCCAGUCUUGAUGGGGCAGGUUAAAAUUAUAGGGAAUUUUGUGAAUAACUUUUUUGUGGUGAACAAAUGAAGCAUUUCUAUCUCA